AUGGAGAAAUGGAACCACACUUCCAGUGAUUUCAUUUUGUUGGGGCUCUUCCCCCAAAACCCAACAGGAAUCCUGCUCUUGUCGCUCAUCAUCUUUGUGUUUGCUAUUGCAACAUCUGGUAACCUAAUUAUGAUCCACCUCAUCCGCGUGGACGCCCGGCUGCACACACCCAUGUACAUCCUGCUCAGCCAGCUCUCCCUCAUGGACCUCAUGUACAUCUCCACCACUGUGCCCAAGAUGACCUUCAACUUCCUCUCUGGACAGAAAACCAUUUCCUUCCUGGGAUGCGGAGUGCAAAGUUUUUUCUUUCUGACAAUGGCAUGUUCUGAAGGUUUGCUGCUGGCAUCCAUGGCCUAUGACCGUUACUUGGCCAUCUGCCACCCUCUCCACUACCCUGUGCGCAUGAGCAAGCAAUUGUGUGUUAAGAUGAUCCUUGCCACUUGGGUCAUAGGCACAGUUAAUUCAAUUCCACAUGCAGCCUAUGUUCUCCACAUCCCUUAUUGCAGGUCCAGGGCCAUUGACCACUUCUUCUGUGACAUCCCAGCCAUGUUGUCCGUUGCCUGUAUGGACACUGGGUUCUAUGAGUACACAGUCUUCAUGAGCACCAGCUUUUUCCUCCUCGUCCCUCUCGUGGGUAUCAUAGCAUCCUAUGGCAAGGUUCUGUAUGCCAUUUUCCACAUGCGCUCCAAAGAGGGGAGGAAAAAGGCUUUCACCACCUGUUCAACUCAUUUAACUGUGGUAACUUUCUACUACAUUCCAUUUGCCUGCACCUAUCUUCGGCCCAGGAACCUGCGCUCCCCCAGCGAGGACAAGGCCCUGGCUGUCUUCUACACCAUCCUCACCCCCAUGCUCAACCCCAUCAUCUACAGCCUCAGGAACAAGGAGGUCCUGGGAGCCGUGACAAGGGUGUUUGGGGUAUUCCCUUCCAGGAAGACACGACCCUGA